AUGUCGGCGAAAUCUUCACUACAUAGCUUUCGCACUACACAUUUACAAAUAUCAAAUGAAGAAGAUAGCCCGUCUGGUCGGCAAUCAAAAAAUUUUAAUGAAUCCACGGAUGACGAACACGAUGUUGAAGCCCAUCUUGCUGUAGAAGAUGAUGACGAUUCACUUGAUAUCGAUGAUUCUGGAUGGGAAACUGAUUUAGAAGUAGAAGAAUCGAAAGGCAAUUAUGAUGAUACAGGGAGAAAAACUUAUAUUGAAGCAUGCCGUCUAAUGAAAGUGACGCCAGUCUCCUUCUUUAGUAGAAAUUUACACUUGACAGAAGUUGAUCUAAAGCAUCAUGGCUUAGGUGCUGCAGGAGCAAAGGCGAUAGCCAUAACUCUAGUGUCUAACACUAGUAUACUUAAAGUUAAUCUCGCCGACAAUUGGAUUGGAGAUGAAGGUGGUUGUGCAAUUGCUGAGAUGAUGAAAGAAAACUGCUACUUAACACAUUUAAAUAUGGCUGGUAACCGUUUAAGUUAUAAAAGUGGAUUAGCUAUAGCAGAAAUGUUACAACAAAAUGCGACUUUAUUAGACCUUAACAUAAGCAACAACGAAUUCGAUCUGCAACUUGCUUCAGAGUUUGCUGAUGCAUUCAGGGCGAAUACAAGAUUAAUCACAUUCAAUCUAAGUAAAAACAAAUUUGAUGAAAAGGCUGGAACAACUUUAGGGCCUGCUAUUGGUUUUAAUUCUUCAAUUGAAAAUCUUGAUCUAAGUUGGAACGCAUUUCGUAGAACGGGCGCUAUUGCUAUUGCAAAUAAUGUAUCACUGAAGAAGUUGGAUUUAUCGUGGAAUGGAUUUGCAGACGAAGGUGCAAUUGCUAUGGGUGAUGCCUUGAAACACAAUAACGUGUUGCUAGAACUCGAUCUAAGCAAUAAUCGAAUCUUCACACCGGGUAUAGUAGGACUUGCAGAAGGAUUAGCCGUAAAUGAGACUUUAGAAAUACUAAAAAAUGUUCAAGUCGAUGAGCACUGCGAAGAAGUAAUGAAAAGCAUGAAAGAAACUCAUCCAGAUCUUAAAUUUAUCUAUGGCGGUGGUGGUGCGCAGUUAGGAAGAAAAGGCCAACCUAAACGACGCCCUAUGCAAAUACUUCGUGAAUAUAUUACAGAUCAGAAGAUGAGAUUAAUCGAUUUCUUUUUUGCACUCGAUAAAGAUAAAAGUAUGAGUAUUACAAGAGACGAAUUUAGAACUGGAAUUAGGAGAACAAAUGUGCCAUUACGAGAAGAAGAACUUGAGCAAUUAUUAGAUGAAUUGGAUAAGGAUGGUGAUGGAGAAAUUAACUUUAGUGAAUUAGUACUGGGAGCAAAUACUGCAAAGGAAGGAGAUCGCUUUCAACAAAAGGCAGAAAAUUUAAAGCAAAAGGUACAAGAAGAUAAAAUUAGAAAUAUCCUAUCGCCUCCAGAUCGAGGUCGUAGUGAUAGGUCAGGUUCAGUUUCUAAACGAUUAUCAUCGCAUUCUCGUUCUCGCUCUCGUUCUCGUUCACCAGCCAUACGAUCGCCUUCGCCUACAUCCAAUUCUUAA